GGAUAAGCUAUAUUGGUUUAAAAUAAAUAAGAUAGAAAAUUUUAUAUAAUGAAGGUAAUCUGAAGGCUAUUAUAGAUAAUAGAUGCUUCUAAAUUUGACAUGAAAGAAAAAGAAAAUGCUCUAAAUGAAAUAGAUGUCUUAAAGAAUUUACAUCAUCCAUGCAUUAUUGAAUAUCGAGAAUCUUUUGUUGAUAAAAAGUAAAUUGAAUUGCUUAAGUUAGUAAAUAUUUAUGUAUUGUGAUGGAUUAUGCAGAGGAAGGAACUUUACAUUAGAGACUUGAAUAGCAGAAAUAAAAACAGGAUCAUUUGAAAGAAUCUCAAAUUAUUGAAUGGUUUACAUAAAUUUGUUUAGCUGUCAAAUACAUUCAUGAUAGGCGAAUCAUACAUAGAGAUAUUAAAACUCAAAAUAUUUUUAUUUCAAAAGGAGAGAUUAAAUUAGGAGAUUUUGGAAUUGCUAAAUCAUUGAUUAAUUCUGAGGAUCUAUGUUAAACAGCUAUAGGGACUCCUUAUUAUAUUAGUCCAGAAGUGUGUUAACGAAUUCCUUAUGACUUCAAAUCAGAUAUCUGGAGCUUAGGUUGCAUGCUAUAUGAAAUGAUGGCGUUAAAACAUGCAUUUGAUGCAAAAAGUAUACUUUAUUAAUAAUUUUAGCUAUGGAAGGACUACUUUUGAAAAUUAUUAGUGGAAAAUAUUAACCAGUACCUACAUGUUAUUCAUAAGAACUUAUUCAAUUAUUAAAAGAUAUUUUACAUACUGAUCCAUAGAAAAGACUCAAUAUUAAUCAAAUAUUAGAUUAUAGAAUUAUUAGAAAAGCAAGAAACGACUUUGUAAAAAGAAAAACAUACAAUUUAUAAAAGAUACAAUUUAUUUCUGGAUAAAUUUGCAAAAAUGAAAAUCAUUCUACUAAAAUUAGACAUUAUUAAAGUGAGUAAAAAUUCUAUGGAGAAUCGCUUGCCGAUUAAAUUGAAAAGAUGAGAAUGGAUCUUGAAGAAUAAUUAGGUGUUGAUAAAUUUAUCUUAAUUUAUAAUUCAUUAGUACUAUAUUUUAUAAUAAUUAGAUUAGAAAAAUGAAGAAGAUCCAUCAAAGUUUUGUGAUGAGAUAAUUAUAGAUAAAAUUAAUCAACUUCUUGGCUUAGAACAAUUAAUAUUUUGA